UCCUUCUCAGUACCUAUCUUGACACGGUCGGAAGAUGUCGACGACUGACGAAGCAACAACAAUAGGAGCACCUGUAGAGGUAGACCUGAUGGGGUCGAAAUUCACUGCCGUUGAUUACACCAUCUUCAGUUUCAUAUUGGCGGUGUCUGUAGGAAUCGGGAUCUACAGUGCCGUGAAGAGUCGGGGGAAGGAGUCAACGCAGGAGUAUAUGCUCGGGGGGAGGAGCAUGUCGCCCUUACCUGUGGCCAUGUCACUCCUGGGUGGUGUUAUAUCUGCAAUAUCUAUACUAGGUGGUGAUGAAGGCCCGCCCCGCCAUGAGGCAGAUCGCUCUCUCUAGUGAUGCUGUGAAGACCAGCCCUCCGCUCGCACUGGUGAACACCGACUCACAAUCCUGUCCGAGAAUUU